AUGCAUGCUCCGGCAAGCUCUUCACAUCAAGUGGCUUAUUGCGAAUUAUGCACUGGAGAUCAUCAGACUGGUUUUUGCCCUCCACCAAAUGAGGAAGUUAAUUAUAUGGGAAAUCAGCAAAGGACAACACCGUAUCAAAGCAGUCAGAAUUUCCAACGAGGAAACAACGCCAAGUAUGGUCAGGGGUGGAGACAAGACACCGGAACUGCAAACAGACCACAUCAAUACCAAGGUUAUCAACAACCACAUCAUCCAAAUCAACCCGACAGAACAGCCAAACUUGAAGAUACACUGCAACAAUUCAUGCAACUCUCAAUUGCGAAUCAGAAAAAUACUGAUGCUUCCAUCAAAAAUCUCGAAACCCAAGUUGGACAAAUUGCAAAACAAUUGACAGACCAACAAAAAGGUACUUUCACAGCUACAGCACAAACAAAUCCAAAGGAACAUUGUAAGUCUAUUACAACACGAAGUGGUCGAGUGCUUGAAACAGAAAGUAAUGAGAAAAACGAGGAGAAAAUUUUGGAAGAAAAAGAGAGAGAGCAAGUUAACGAGGAAAAAGAAAAAUUACAUGAAAGUCAUGAUGAGAUUAUUGAAGAAAGACAGAAAGAAGAAAAUAUAAUGGAAACAAACGGUGCAAGGAAGAAUCAACAAACAAGAGAAGAAAAAGGAAAGCUGAUCAGUCCUCCGGUACAAAAUCUACCAUAUCCACAUGCUCCAACAAAAAAGGAUAAAGAACGGCAAUAUGCUCGGUUUUUAGACAUUUUCAAGCGCUUACAAAUCAACAUUCCAUUCGCCGAAGCACUCGAACAAAUGUCAACAUAUGCUAAAUUCAUGAAAGAAAUCCUCACAAAGAAGAGGCGUAUUACUGAUGAAGAAACAAUCUAUCUUGACGCAAGCUGCAGCGCAAUCAUACAAAGGACCCUUCCCCAAAAAGAAAAAGAUCCUGGACGAGUUACCUUACCAGUAACCAUCGAAAACGUAAAUGUUGGAAAGGCAUUGAUCGAUCUUGGAUCAAGCAUCAACCUUAUCCCACUCUCCGUGAUAAAAAGAAUAGGCGAUUUGGAUAUGAAGCAUACAAGAAUGACGUUGCAGCUGGCAGACAAAUCAGUCACAAGACCAUCUGGCAUAGCUGAAGAUGUUUUGGUCAAAGUAGAUAAAUUCCUCUUUCCAAUCGAUUUUGUUGUUAUGGACAUCGAGGAGGAUGAUGAUGUACCACUGAUUUUGGGGCGCCAUUUCAUGAAGACUGCUCGUAUGAUGAUUGAUAUUGAUGAUGGAUUGAUGAAAGUACGGGUUCAAGACGAAGAGGUCAGUUUUAACCUCUUUGACGCAAUGAAAUAUCCAAAAGAAAAAGGAGCCUGUUUCAAGGUAGACACCAUUGAAAUGGAACUACCAAGGUACAAGAACAAGCACAUUUAA